UUCCGGCCAUAAAAAGCCAAGGCAACGAGCCGCGCAGGAGAAACACGAAGAGUUGGAGAAAGACUUCUAAAGAUAGAUGCGCCUCUGAGUCUUGUCUCGGCUGGAAGUAUCUGUCCAACUCCCGAGGGAUCUGGUGAAGAAUGGAGUGGUAUGUCUUGGUGCUGAUGCUGAGCUUUCCGUCCUCCCUCCGCGCAGAUUGCUCCCUGCAGUGCCAGAAAUGUGUGCAGCGGAUUCUCGGCCCCAACGCUGCAUUCAGCAGCCUGUCGUGCAGCGCGCAGUGUGACGGGCAGCUGGAGAGCUGCCAGCGGGCUCCGGCGCUGGCGGACUUCAGCCAGGACGAAGCGGCAGAGGAGGAGGAACACCAGCAGGCUGACCUGGUCAAGCGCUACGGCGGGUUCAUCAAAAGGAUCGACAAGAACAAAAUCUUCGCCUCCCCGUGGCGCGACAACUACGUCCUGGAGGCCGGUGCGCUGCCCGAGAAGUACGAGGACCUGCUAAAGAGGUUGGAAGAGAGGGACGCGGGGGAGCCCGCGGGGGACCGGGCGCUGCGCGGGUACGUGAAGCGCUACGGCGGCUUUUUACGCAAAUUCGGGCCCAAGUCAAAGAGGAGUAGCUCCGCGGAGACGGAUAGCCAAGAGCCCGAGGAGCUGCAAAAGCGCUACGGGGGCUUCAUGAGGCGGAUCCGACCGAAGUCGAACAACCUGAAGUGGGACAAGCGUUACGGAGGCUUUCUGCGCCGCCACUUCAAGAUCUCCGUGCGCUCGGCGGAGGAGCCGUAUUACUCAUACGAUGACUUGAGCCUAUAGAUGAACUCUCCAGGGGCUCUUGAAUCUGAGGAUUUGCGUGAGGAGAAACCAGAGGAAGUCUGAACGAACGUGAGAAAAAAAUAAAGAAAAAACAAGAACUUGUGCAGGUUCACUUGAAUUACUACUAUCUCUCCAGAAAGCAUCGUACUCCUGCCUCUAUUGCUUACAGCCAGCUCGGUUGCCUUCUGUGUAAAAUGAAUCCUCAUCUGUGUUAUUGGCAUCAUCGUGUGUCACUCAAUAAAUGAUGCUUGUUUAAUAAAGACACUUUCCUGUUUGCUCAACGA